CUUUCUUUUAAUGUGAUAUGACUAGAUCUAUAAUAAAAUUGGAGAAAAGAGAAUACACCAUUUCUCUUUUUGAAAUUCUUUUGUCUUCCAACCACAACCCUAAACACCAGCGGCCGCUAAACCCACCAAAACGCUCUUCCGUGGCUCAUUGGUUUGACCCAGAGGUGCCAAAAUUCAGUUCAUCUUACUCCCCAGAUUCCGGCAAAGAAUUUCUAAUAAUGGGCUACUCAAAGGAGCAACUGUUAACUCGUUUAAAGGAGCUCCACAUUGAAUUUGAACAAUACGAGCACCCUGUUGUAAUGACGGUUGAAGCUCUGGAAAAACAUGUUGGACAUUCAAAUGGUGCACUGUGUAAAAAUCUGUUCUUGAAGGACAAGAAGCAUAGAUUUUAUAUUGUUUCUGCACUGGCAGACACCAAAAUAGACUUGAAAAUUCUAGCUCAGAGGCUUGGAUUUGGGAAAACAGGUUUGAGGAUGGCUCCACAAGAAUCACUCGCAGAUAUACUUCAGGUACCCUUGGGUUGUGUUACCCCAUUCUCGCUUUUCAAUGAAUCAGCCAGGGGUGUUUCUUUAUUGUUAGAUCAAGGGCUGAGAAUAAAAGAGCAAUGCUUAUUCCACCCACUCUCUAAUGAUGUGACAAUAGCUAUUAAUGCAAGUGGUCUUGAUAAGUUUCUGAAUUCAAUUGGAAAGCCACCUGUCUAUGUUGAUCUGGAGGAUAACCCACCAGUUGGGAAGGAUCAACCUCCUGAUCUAGCUUAUGCAGUUCCAUCUGAUGGACUUAUAGUGCCUGAUAAUCUGGAGAAGUCGGCUGCCUCUAUUGUUCCUGAGAAGAAAGGUCAUGCUGCUGCUGAUACAAAACCAGAAGUUAAAGCAAAAACUGCAAAGGAAGCCAACAAUUUAAAAAAAGGAAGUUCCAGUAAUUCACAGGGCUUAGCAACUACCUUUAAUGAUCCCGAAAAAUUUGUUGAAGAAAUCCUUGGAAAGAUAUCAGAUGUGGUUCUUUCUGAGGUCAACAAUGAGAACAUCAACCAAUAUGGCGAUCAACUUGGUUCUUUAGUGUCGAACAAUAUCAGGAAGCACCUUAGUACGGAAAUGAAAACCAUUGCUACACUAUUCAAGAACACCGCAUACACAGAUGGGUUUCAUGCCGGGGUCUGCACUCAAGUAAAAAAGUAAGGAUUCUUGGGUUGAGAUCCCUUUUUUCUUAGGUUAUGCUACAUUCACACCACGGAUGACAUCAAGGUUGACAUCAUCACAAUGGCUCUCACAGGAAGUGAGUGAUUGUCUCUGGUGGUGUUAACCUUGUUGUCAUCCUUGGGUCAAAGUAGCAUUUUCCAUUUUUUCUUUCAUUGUUCAGAUAGGUAGUCUGACUUUGUAGAUAGCCAUGUCAAAAUGGCUGUUUUCAAUUUGUUUGACGGUGCUAUUUUCAGAUUGAUGUGUUUCUUCAUUGUUUCAGAAAGUUAUUGUCAUCCCCCUUUGACAGAGGAUUAAUAUGGUUAACCGAAUAGUAGUGUUUAUAAGAUUUAACAUUCUACGAUUACUUGUCAAGCAGAACGAUUUCCUUUGAUCAACAAUUUUGAAAUGAAAUUAAAAGUACAGCUUGAGUCCGGAUGUAUAAUACACGAACGCGUCGAGUACAAGUACAUCAUCACAUGAGCUUCAAUUCAUGGAACUGAUUGUGUUUGUGAAAGAUGAUAGAGAUUUUUAAUGGAAGAAACCCUUCACCUUGGCUGGGAUGAAUAUG